AAAACCCACUUCUUUUCUUUAUUCGGAAUCGGACACGAAUUGUCGACAUACCCCGACAGAAAGAAUAACAUUUCUGGUUUGUGCGAAUGCAGAAGGGACAAAAAGGAUAGAACCUUUCGUCAUUGGGAAAGCGCAAAACCCAAGAUCAUUUCGCAACAAGAUUUUGCCGGUUAAAUAUGAUAGCUCGAAAUCUGCAUGGAUGAAUGCUGCAAUGUUUAAGAAGUGGUUUUUUUGAAUUUUUGCUCCAGAGGUGGAACGUUUCCUAGAAGAUAAAAUGCUUCCCAAGAACGCGCUUUUGUUGUUGGAUACCGCGCCAAGUCACCCGCCUGCCGAUCAGUUGGUAAAAGAGACCGAAGACGGAAAAAUUUGGGGCAUGUAUUUUCCACCAAAUGUCACUCCAUUGAUCCAGCACAUGGAUCAGAAUGCGAUUAGACUAUUAAAACUCCAUUAUCGCACCAGCUUGUUGUCAAUGGUUGUGACCUCAGUGGAAAGUCUUGAAACGUGCCUUAAGCAAACCAACUUAUUCCAAGCUGUCUCUUUACUUGCAUUGGCGUGGAAGAAAGUAUCCCAAGAAUCAUUAAAAAAAUGCUGGAACAGAAUUUUUAAUGACGACGGAUUCGACAAAGAGGACGAUGUUCCUCUUUCCAUACUUCAGCAAAGUGAGGAAAACCUCGCGACCAGAAACUCUUUACGUUUAUUAGAGCGUGCGUUUCCAAAUGUAGAGUUCGAUGUCAACGAUGUGGCCGAGUGGAAUAAUGAGAAUAUCAUCGACGAUAUACAGACGUUUAAUGACCAUGACGAAGAAGAAACAAUUGUGGCUCCAGCCGAAACGCCAAAG